AUGCGGGUGGUGACCCCGGCCUCUCUGCAGCCCCACCGCGCUGCGCUGGUUCUGGAGUCCCGGGGCGCCUCUCCACUGUGCUGUGCGCUGCUCUCAAGCCCUUAUUUGAGCUCAUAUUUUGGUAUCUGUUUAUGGUUCCUAAAAUUUAGCCAGUUCGAUUUUAAGGAGCCACCGCCGCUGCUGCCGCAGCUGCUGCGUGUUCUCCGGCGAGCCGGAGUCUUCCUGCAGUAG